CAUUCAAACAUAGUAGAGUAAACGUCUAACCGCCUUUAAAGUAAUUCGCAUUCUGUCGUUGCGCUAUCUUAUCUACUUUAUACCUACUAUAUCAAUUGUUCAGUCCUCUUUCCCUUUCUUAUUCUAACUAUUUUAUAAAUUGCGAACAUUGGCCAGCUCGGCGCGUUCUUUACUUCUUCUUUCCUUAAUUUUCCGAGUUUGAAAAUUUUGAUUCGAGAAUCGACAACAACGAACAAGAAUAGCACGAAUUACUGAUCAACAGUCAACAUCAAAUCUUAAGAGUGAGGCGUAGGACGAGUUUUGAGCAAACCUUUAUUUCAACUCGGAUCAGACUAACCGGAUAACGAGGACAUAAAGGAUCAAGAAGUGAAUCGAGAUGCCUAAGAGAAGGAAAAUAGAAAAUAGAUCGACAGAUUUUUGUGGAAGAUGCCAGCGGGUAGGACAUUCCACAAAAGAUUGUUACACGCUUAUAUGCGAAUACUGUAAAAAAGCAGGACAUGAUCUCGUGAAGUGUAGAUCCCUUCAGAGAGAUAAAAGAUUCAUAAUAGAUUCAGCUAGGCAGAAUUGCAAAAAAGCUUUGGUAAAAAAAAUACCUGGUCAAUGUCCCCAGAACCAACCUAGUACCAGCGGCAAAGCCACAUCGAGCAUCGAUACAGAAAUGUCGUGCCUAUCAACAAUAGGAGCUUACCGUGAAUAUUUAAUGUCUUCUCAUAAAGAUAUUAUCGAGAUCUCAACCCCUGAACUGAAGGAUGCAAAAGGAAAAAUGAUGAUUGGUAUAAGCUGUCCAAUUACAAUGAUAAAAAUAGGGAAGUUAAAGGACGAUGUAACUACUGCUAAAGAAGUCCUCGUUUUAGAGGAUGCACAUGGCGCUCGGGUUGAAACCAUAUGUUUAAUAUGCUUAAGUAUACACAUAAACAACAAAACUGUACUACAUCCUUGUCGAGUAGUUUCUGAUGACUUUUACAUAGAGACUGAUGGCAUAUUCGGGAGGGAUUUUAUCAUCAAAUCAAAAAUCGAGCCUGGGAAACACGUAGAAUUAGCUGGAAUACAAAUACCAUUCAUCGCCAACGAACAUGUACGUGGAGUACUAAAAGUCAAUGAGCUAGUAGAAGUCUCAAACAUGGACUCAGAUUCAGAGACACUAACAGGAUCAAGUAACUAAUUAAAUUCUUAAAUCUCUGUCGCGUUAUAAUUUCUCAAAUAAUAAUAUUAGUCAAAUGAGAUAGGUUACAGUCUCUAAUAGCUGAAUUUUUAAAUUUUAUAUAUUAAAUGACCAUCUGCCAGAUUUUUACUUAUAACUCUUUAUUCUAUGUGUUUUAUUUUGCCAAACUUGUACCGUUUUCUGAACAAUUGAUUAAAAUAUUAACUUUUAUCUUAUGACAUACGAAUAUACUCAAGGAGAAAUUAAGUUUAUCAUUUCUGUUGCAAUAUUUCGACUUUUCAAAACCAUUAUAUAGAUCAAAACGGAUGUAGAAGCACCUCGGAUGCCAUGUUAUUACACCAGAAUUGAAUUUAAUGAAAUAAUAUUGAAAAAUGUAAUUCAAUUAUUCGUUCAAUUAUAUAUAUCAUAAGUUAUACGCGAAAACCUAAGACUGUUGAUUUUUAACGGUAUAAUAUUGAUAGAA